CAACUCAAUAAUUACUUGACUAAUCCGUCCAGGAAUAUUGAAAGUUUGUUUUUGUAUCCAGCCGUGUGUGCAGCAUUCAUAAAACUAAACGCAACAUUGCCUAGCCCAGCAGCAAUUGAGCGUCUCAUCAGUGUGGCAGGACAAGUUCUAACUGAUAAACACUGCAGGAUAUCUGAUAACCAUAUUGAUAAAAAGAAAUUUUUAAGA